AUGAGUGCACGGUCGGCAUAUGUUUGCCAGUUACAGAGUUGCAAUCUACUGCUGAUAGUCCUCGGUUUAGCAGCGGUGGGACUUGCCGGCAGUCAAUUCUCCAAAGUUUUUCUGGAGAAUUAUCGAGACAUAGAUUUGCGGUUACUUAACUGGAUAUAUGUUUUAACUGGAGUUAUUGGAAUCUAUACAUUGAUACGGAACCAUGGAAGUAUUGUCACUAAGACACUGUACUGUGUCAGCAUUGUUAUCGGUAUCACAACUGCGGUUUUUUAUGGUAUUACCAUCUACCGAGUGGUACAAACAUAUAAGUCAUUAAAAUCAUUGGAAAAUAUGUCAGGAUUCUAUCAGGAAUAUAGUGAAGAAGCAUCCAGUCAUGUCAUCAAAAUAGUAAUAUGUGCACUAAUGAUCGGUGUACCGGCAUUUGCAGCUCUAACAGCAAUUGUUGCAGCAAUGUUACUUGAUCGACUGAUUAUUGUAACACAACCGUCGUGGCCUCGACAAUCGCGUGAUCAAGAAAUUUUGCUACGAAAUCGACGAGUUCGACUGACCUCAAUAAGUGUUAUUAAAUUGUUUCUGUCACUUGGAACGCUUGGACUUGCAAUAUUUUUGGAAUAUGAGCAUGAAAAAGUUGCUGGUGGUGAUAACUAUAUCAAAAUUGCUUUGGAUCACAUAGCUGCAUUGCUAACAGUAACCAGUGCAAUCAUCGACAUCUAUGCUGUCGCUAAUAAACGGCAAGCAGUCUUAAAUUUUAAGGUUUCAAUAGCGCUUUCAAUUAUUUCUGCAGUUUGGUGCUUAAAAUCAGUAGACUAUGGAAUGUAUCCAUUUUUCUAUAAUGAUUUAGCUUUCUACAGGAAUUCUCAGGAAGGUAUCCUGUCGUCUCAUUCGGGUUCUCGGUACAUUAUCAGUGUUGUUCACGGUGUGCUGCUCAGUUGUUUCUGCCUUCUAUUUUUUUUGUGCGUUUUUACAGCCGUUCAGGCUGGACGUUGUUUGGAGUCUGAUUUUGUGGGCGUUAACGUCAGGAUGACCAAAAUUUAUGGAUUCUUCUUGAUGCUUGGCGGACUUUGCCUUAUGGCUUUGGUUGUGUUGGGACUAGUGGACUUGCCAUGGAAUGGACAAUUUGUUGGUGGCGACCUUCUGUGGAUGGCUGCGCUGUUCUUUUGUACAGGAUUUGUAGGAUUACUAACUUCAACAUCAUUGUCUACACUAAGGUUUGUGCUUUCGCUUAUUACAUUUACUGUAUCUUUGGAAAAGAUGUGUGCCAGUGUCAAUUUGGUGUAUCAGUCAGCAACAUAUGAAAGCUACAAACAAGGCGACAACGACACAUUUAUUGGGCAAAUUGUUCUUUAUUCUGUUCAACUUGGGGUUUUCUUUGUUGUUGCUGUAGUAUCGUUAACGCUAGUUGUAUUGUGUGGAAGAAUGCUUAUUCGACAAGAAGUUUUAGCACAGAAACAUUCAUCUGGUAUUCAAUUCUUUUUUUCACUUGGUGUAUUAUUUUACGGUAUUAUAAUCACCGGAUGCUAUGUUAUGGGCGAACUGGGCAAAUGGCGGUUUUCAGAAGUUCCUCUUGAAGUUCCAUUCUUUAGGCUUGGAAACGGGCCAUUCGCAAUUGGAGUGUUUAUUGUUCAAGUUUUAUGUAUUUGUUAUCCGCAAAUGUUGUUGGCUGCUGUAACUUUGCAGACAAUUAUCGCUGCUUUAGCGUUCUUCACCUUAAGUCCAGCAAUAACUAAUACGUAUUACAUUCAACAACUUUUGUCGGCUGACGAUGUAAUUCGUGCAAACAUUAAUCAGGAUAGUAUAUAUAUUGUUGCGGUUAUACUUGCUGGUACUGCUGCUCUUGCCUGUGUUUUAUGUACAUUUUGUGCAACCGUCGUUGCUUUGAGAUCUUCGUAUAUUUUGCAUCACAAAUCGACAAAUAGUGAUUCUACGGUGUUAGCACCUUUUGAUGACAACUAUGGUACGCUAGGUACAGUACUAAACGCUCAAACGAGAUCUCUUAAUGGACAGCAGCAACCAGUGAUACAGCAACGAGAAGAACAAUCUGUCUACUGGUCGGCAGAUGAAAAUCCAUACUUUUAUCAAACAUCAAAACGUUAUUACGGACAACCUUAUCAGAUUGAAUCAGGGUUUUACGGCUACUCAUUGGCAAGUCCACGGUUGAGCCUACAACAGAACGGGUAUCCUGAUGAUUUGCAGAGGAUUCACUCAAGCGCUGUUCAAACACGGAUCGGUCAUGUAUUUCGUUAA